CCCUUUAAUUUGUCCGUCUCGCUCUUAGUCUUUACCAAAACCCGGUGUUUGUCAUGGCUGAGUUUUUAGAGUCUUUCUUUCAGUAGGCCUUAAUCAUACGAACAUUUUGAUGGAUUUGGUCUUAGUUUGUGGCGUUACAUCAUCGCAGAAGGGCAAGUUCGUCUUUCAGUCAUCUUGGUUGGUCAACGGUAGUUAACGUUAGGUUAGCUAACUUCGCUAGCGUGUGCUAACGUUCACGUAAGAUGAUGAAGUAAAAGUAGCGUUAAAUGUUUAACAUACAGCUUUCCUUCCUAUGGACUGUGUUUGUGAAAGUGUUUCCCUUAGAGCUAUCUAAGUGCCGUUUGGUAAGUUAACACUUAGCCGCGAGCCAUCUUAUCUGAUUUGUAAGCUAAACGCUAACGGUAGCACACAGCACUCUUGCUUUUGGAGUUUCGUUUGAUUCGCUUCAGCCAGCUCGCAUCACCUGCUGCUAAUAUGAUGGACUUUGAUAAUAUAUUGGAUCUCGCCUCGCAAAACCAGGGCCUCAGCAGUGUACAGCAGAAGAGAUACAGUUUACAAGCUGGACCGCCCAAAAAGGACCCAAGGUCGAAAGGUGUAAAUCCUGCUGCUGUGCAGGCACUUCUGAAGAAACAACUCCAUGAGACCAAAAAGAAAGAAAUUCAAAGUAAGAAACAGAAGGAGGAACUACUAGCAAAGAGGGUUGAGUUGAAGUCAGACCGCAAAGCACGAGCCAUGGCUUCCAGAACUAAGGACAAUUUCAGAGGCUACAAUGGUAUCCCAGUGGUACCAGUUCCUAAGAAGAGGAGGUCAAAACAAGAAAUGCAGGAAGACGCCUCUAUGAAUGAGGAAAGAUUCAGAAAUAACUCAAUUGACCCAGAGGACGAUGAGGACAAUUAUGAGUAUGAACAGACAGAUUCAGAGGCAGAACAGGAGCCUGAGCCGCUGAGGCAGGGGAAAUCCACGGGUGUCAGUAGUAGCGGCAAGCCCUCCACUAAAAAACCCAGUGGGCCACCAAAGCCUGCUCCACCUCCCAUGAACUUUGCCGACUUACUCAAAUUGGCCGAGAAGAAGCAGUUUGAGCCGGUUGAGCUAAAAUCCAAGCCAGUGAAAAAAGAAGGAAGGCUCCGCACAGCUGAUGAAAUAAAGGAACUGGAGAUGGAGCGCAAGGCUAAGAGACAGGACAAAGACCCAAAGGCAGAGAGAGAAAGGGACAGCAAGUCCCAGUCCAGCUCUAGUUCAAUAAAAAAAGGCACUUUAGAGAGGGAGCAGAAGAACUGCAAACCACAAAAGAACUCCUUAGAUAAGCCAAGUUUGCCCAGUGGGUCAGGAAAAAAGUUGCGCCAAACACCGAUUAGCAAUAAAGACAGAGAAAGAGAGAGGCCCAAGACUUCUCAUAGUGAUAGAGAUAGAUCCAAGACAAGCCUGUCUAGUUCAUCAGGUGCCAUAAACAGUAAAGUUCCUUCGAAAGCCACGUCUUCUCAGGUUUCAGCCAAACAAGGGGGCCCAAAGCCCUUGUCUAGCCACAAAUCUAGCACCUCAAGUGACCUUAACUUUAAAAAAGAAAGCUCAUCAUCAUUUCAAGGAAGAGCUUCAGGUAUUCCUGGGACCAGGUCUCCUGGUACAGCUAUAACAGGCCAAAGAUCUCAACAUGGGGCCUCCAAUCAGACCAGGCCUAGUCAGGGUAGCUCAUCGAAGCAGGGACCUACAGCCGGAGGCCUCAAGUCUGGAAAGGGAGAACCACUAAGGCCUGGAAUUAAUUCUCCAGUAAAAUCAAGUGGCAAUUCAGUGAUGAGACCUUCAUUGGGCGGCCCUCCUAAGGCAGGGAGCCAACCUCAGGCAAGGCCUGGAGGCACACUCCAGACAAAAUCUGGUGGCAUCCCACAGGCAAGACCUGGUGGGAGGGGCAUGCAAGGUCACCCAGCAGGUAGUGCAUCCAGACCUCCAGGGAUUGGACCUGGUCAGCCUGGUCGUGGAGGAGCAGUACCCGGACGAUCAACUGGAAGCAUUGGAUCGGGACCUGGAAGACCCAGGUGCACUGUGGUGUCAGAGACCAUCUCAUCCAAGAAUGUUGGUGGGCCCAGACCUGGAGUCCCUCCUCGGCCAGGCAUGCCACAGAGACCUGGUAUGCCACAGAGACCUGGUAUGCCACAGAGACCUGGUAUGCCACAGAGACCCGGGAUGCCACCCAGACCGGGAAUGCCACCCAGACCUAUGAUGAACAGACCACCAGGUACAAUGCUACCACCCAUCACCUCUGCAUACAAGAGAAAAUAUGAGGAUGAAGAUGAGUAUGACUCAGAAAUGGAUGAUUUUAUUGAUGAUGAAGGAGAAGAGCAAGAGGAAAUUUCCCGGCACAUUAAGGAAAUUUUCGGCUAUGAUAAAAACAGAUACAGGGAUGAGAGCGACUAUGCACUUAGAUUCAUGGAGAGCAGCUGGAGAGAUAUGCAGAAAGAGGAGGCGAGGAGCCUGAAAAUGGCGGUGCAGGAAGAUCAGGAGGAGGAGAGAAGAGAGCAAGAGGAGCUUAAAAGAAAUAUCAAGAAGAGAAAAAAACAAUGAAUCCCCUUCGCUGUGGAGAUGAAUUAUAAAAAAACACUGUCUCCCAAAAGACAGGACAGCGGGUCUGCCAACACAUGAAGCCCGCUAACUGUGUCCCCCUUUCCCUCUGCUGCUCUCUCUGCUACCCUCCCCAUGUUUGGACAAAAACUCAGUGGAGUGACUCAUGACAUUGGCUCAAGAGGGAAAGUGAAGAAUUUUAGUCUAAGACGACCUAAAAAAGUCAAAGACAAAAUAUGCACAAGUGAUUCAGGCAUUAGUCCGUUGGGAUGUGAUGAAAAGUUCUCACAUUUUCAUUAUUAGAUUAUUUAUUUCCCCCACAGAGUGCAGGGUUUACACUAUCCAAUGGUCCCGAUUUCUCAAAGGAAGAAUAUGGAAGAGUAUGUUUUGUUUUUUUAGACUAACAAUGACAUACAGUCUCAAGUGUUAAUAACAUGCUAUUUUUGAGCAGAAGUUGAUGCAUAUUUUUCCAAACAAACUUUGAUUGUAAAGUCAAUUGAAUAUGCAGAAAACAUUACCACUUGAUGUGUUGUGUGCUUGUCUUUAAAAGGAUUUGAGAGAAUGAUUACAUAAAGGGUUUUAUUUAAUUGUUCAGUUUUAUGUCAAUGUUUCUCAAAGUAUGACAAUCUUGGUAAUAUAUGCAUAUUGAGGUUGUACCACAAUUGCCAUUUGUAGAAGAUAUGAUUUUUGCGCAUUGAAAGCAAUGAGAUAUUUUUUUCUCUCUUAUAUAUAUUGCGUGGAAUAAUGUUUAAUAUUUGCUUUUUUUUUUAAGUUAUUGAUUUAAGUGAAAGAAACUUAAUGAUUGUCGAUGUUGUUUGUAACCGUAGACUGAGUGCAACA